UGUUGCCGUACCGGCAGAAUGACACAUGCAGCCUCGUAUCGAUUGUGCGCUAAAUACAAAGUUUUCAUUUAUGGUGUCAUCUUUAUUUUAGCUAUUCAAUUCUUCCUGGCAUACAAAUUCUAUUACUGGAACCAGGAUUAUGAAAGACCGCAACAUGAAAGAGCAGCAUCUAAAUGGCCUCAACACGUUGACCAGAAACCGAGAAACCAUGAGAGUCGGGAAACAAAUUUUGGUGCCUUAACAGAAAUGGCCUUCACUCCUGUGUGUAAUAUUCAGGAGGCAGAGGCUUUAUCAGCUUUAAAAAGGGCAAAGACACUGCAGUGUAAAAAAGAAAUUUCAGAAGUGGCUUGUUUAGCAGAGAGCAAGCAGCUGUAUAAGCAAAAUUUACCAAGAUUUUGUCCUUUAAAAGGUGAAAAUGGAGGAGAAUUUAUUGGUUGUUUCAAGGAUGAGCAGGAAAACCGAGAUCUUAAUGGCCACAAUACACAGUUUUCAAAGGACAAUUCUCCUCAAAAGUGCUGGAAUCAUUGCUUAAGAGCAGGAUUUAAAUACGCAGGUGUGCAAUAUGGCAAAGAAUGCUGGUGUGGUAAUGAGUAUGGUAAAUAUGGCCAACUCCAUGAGGCCUCCUGCAGUAGCAAGUGUCCAGGGGAGAGUGGAGCUCUGUGUGGAGGGUACAAGGCACAGAAUAUUUACCACACGGGGCUGGGAGAAAAGCCCAAUAAUGCUGUCCAUCUGGUCAGCUCUUUAUCAGAAGAGUUUCCAAAGAAUGCAGUGAGAAUUGCUUUUAUCUUGACUCUCAAUGGUAGAUCACUUAGGCAGACCAAAAGGCUUUUUAAGGCAUUGUUUCAUGUCAACCACUAUUACUACAUCCAUGUUGAUUCAGUAAGUAUUUGUAAUUAUGGAUUUAAAUACGCAGGUGUGCAAUAUGGCAAAGAAUGCUGGUGUGGUAAUGAGUAUGGUAAAUAUGGCCAACUCCAUGAAGCCUCCUGCAGUAGCAAGUGUCCAGGGGAGAGUGGAGCUCUGUGUGGAGGGUACAAGGCACAGAAUAUUUACCACACGGGGCUGGGAGAAAAGCCCAAUAAUGCUGUCCAUCUGGUCAGCUCUUUAUCAGAAGAGUUUCCAAAGAAUGCAGUGAGAAUUGCUUUUAUCUUGACUCUCAAUGGUAGAUCACUUAGGCAGACCAAAAGGCUUUUUAAGGCAUUGUUUCAUGUCAACCACUAUUACUACAUCCAUGUUGAUUCACGUCAAGAGUAUCUUUAUAGAGAACUUGUGAACCAAUUGGCCAGAUUCCCCAAUGUCCGUUUCGCUCCAGUCCGUAUGUCCACAAUUUGGGGUGGAGCCAGUCUUCUACAGAUGCUUCUUACUUGUAUUAAAGAUUUAUUAGCCAUGAAAGAUUGGAACUGGCACUUUGUUCUCAAUUUAAGUGAAUCAGACUACCCUGUCAAAACCAUUUGGGAUUUAACCAACUUCCUUACAAUGUACAGACACAAAAAUUUUCUCAAAUCACAUGGCAGAGAUACCCCAAGAUUUAUAAAGAAGCAGGGUCUAGACAGGACAUUCUAUGAGUGUGACACUCAUAUGUGGCGUCUUGGGACCCGUAGCCUUCCAGAUGGCAUUAGGAUAGAUGGCGGUAGUGACUGGAUUGCCUUAAGUCGUCCAUUUGCCUCUUAUGUUGUUCAUGGGGAUGAUGCCCUCCUUGAUGGGUUAAAAACAAUGUACAGAUACACACUUUUGCCUGCUGAGUCCUUCUUCCACACAGUUAUCCAGAACAGUAAAUUCUGCACUACAUUUGUGGACAACAAUCUUCACCUUACAAAUUGGCGCCGUAAGCAAGGCUGCAAGUGCCAGUACAAGCAUAUCGUUGACUGGUGUGGAUGUUCCCCAAAUGACUUCAAACAAGAGGAUCUCUCAAGAUUACUGGGAACUGCAGAAAAAGUCACAUUUUUUGCACGGAAAUUUGAAGCCAUUGUGGACCAAACUGUGAUAAACAAACUGGAUGCUGUUUUAUAUGGAGACUAUCCGAAAGGAAUGCCUGGGCUAGACCUGUACUGGCAGCAUGACUUUCACCACGAAGACAUCAACACCAAAACGGAUGACGCAUACUUCACUUUCUACCACUCAUUUAGUAGACAGACGGCCGAUAGGCUGGAAACAUUAAAUCGUUGCAGUAUUACACCUGAUGAAAUCAGAGAAGUAACUUUGUUUUCUGAAUCAGAUACAAUGUCUGGGAUAUUGGUUCUUUUUUCUGCUGUUGUUGAGGGAAGGCGGUAUCAAAUCGAGACUUACAUGAAACCCAAACACAAACCAACUAAAAUCCACAGUGUUAUAGGACCUGCUGGAAGACUGGUUUCUUUGCAGGUCGGCACAAAUUUUGACCCCAAAGAACUUGUGUUUCGAAAUUUUGGCAACUUUCUGGGACCCUACAGUGACAUUAGUUUACGACAUGAGUGGGGACAAGGCAAGGAAUUUGAUGUUACAGUUGUUUGGGUUGAUCCAGCUGGUGUGAUAGCUGGGUCUUUUGAAGAAACAGUGAAUCAGGGAGUAUAUGUAGGUGCUCAUAAACCACAGUUCCAAAAUCCUCUCAGACCAGGAAGAUGGACAGUUAGAUUAUUGACAGAUUGGCAUUUAAUGGCAGAGCAGGAAUUUUUUAUCUUGCCACUGUCACAUAUCAACAAGAGAAAGAUCACAAAAGAUGAGGCUUUGGCUGCCCACAAGGGUCCAGAAGGAUUUUACAAAGAGAAAGAUUUUUCAGAUCUACAGAGUGUGAUUUUAGUCACUGACAAGAAGGCGGAAUGUGAGAAAAAUGGUCAGAAAUUUGGCAAGGAUCUGUUUGACUGGAUUGACACGCUGAGUGCACAAUUAUGGUGGAUUGAAGAAACGUGCGUGGUUGAAUCAUCAACUUCUUUCCCAUGUGGAGAUUUAAGAAUCUGUGCAGACACAGACUGGAGUUCCAGAGCUCCAGAUCCCAAAUCAGAAAUAGGUUCAGUUGAUCCCCGUACAGGAAGGAUAGAGAGAUGACAUAGUUAAUAUUAAUUGUCAAUGUCUAAUUCUUAUGGUUGUUCUAGUUUCCGUUUCCGUAAGUAAUCAUGGUGGUCAGUGGUGCGUUUUAAAGUCUUUUUCCUGCAAUUUAUGCAAUGAUGCACAAAGGUGCGCCUGUUUCCUUGCUGUAACUGCUAUAUGUUAUUGAGGUAUAUUAUUGUCUCAUUUCUCUCAAAUGUACGUAAUGACAUUUUUACAUCAUGCCCUUUACACAUAUUUGAGCUUUGCUGUCUAAUUUAUUUAUGCUAUGCAAUUAUAAAGGAGUGAACAGUAUAAACAUUGUCAUUGCCAGGGUAUGUUUUAUGAGUAUAUAUAAUAUAUAUAUAUUUAUUGUGCUCUAUAACAAUUCCAAAAUAUUUUCCCCGUUUUAAACAUCUCCACUUCCAAACAAUUUGUCUCUUAAGGUGCUCCUCCACUUGAAAGUACAUGUAACUGUCCCUAGUUUUUUCUUGCAAGCUUCUCCCAAGAGAAAACUGGGAGACUCCAUUCCGUUUGUGGGUAACAUUUGCCAAGAGCUACUCUCGAAGCUGAAAUUGCACAUUUGCAAGAGACUUUAUGACAAAGACUGUGAGCUACCUUUUCACUUGAGAUGGAAAUUGCUGUAAAUUUAUACAGAAAUCCUCAGCUGCCCAUAUACUGGAAAGGGGUGCUGUGACGUUUUCUUGCUCCCCUUGGAAGCAAAAGCAGGUCUCUGCAGGUAUGUUGUAUACAUGCUUUUGAAAGAGAAAAUAUAAAGAGGAAACAGAAUCUGAGUGUCAAAGGGGAUGCAGAGGCAAGAAAGAUUUAUCAUUGAAAUUGGAGAAUUCCCAAGUGCAAGUUAUAUAUUUCCUUUUAAACUAUGAAUUAUUAAAUUUUUUAGUGUCCCAUGUCUACAAGUGAAAGGCAACAGAUUAUAAAGUAAGUUGACGAUAAAGAAUUAUUUCUCACUGCAUUGGUGCGAGAACGUGUGAACGUGUUGCCUGGGCUAAAUUUGAGAGUGAUUGAACACAAAAAAAACUCAAGUGGAGGAGUGCAAUUUCUGUUUUUUUAUUCUCAAGAGAGUUUAUAGAAGGUGCAAUUCUUUUUAUUUAUCUUUUAUAUUAACUUUUUUUAUAUACUACAAAGAGCUGAAAAUAUUUGGUUGAAAAGAAAAGAUGUAACACUUGGGGAAAAUGCUCUGGAAUUUUUUUCUAUAACCACUAAAGUAUGUUCAAAGAAAGACAAUCCAUGUCAAGCUUUUCAUAAUUGGGUAUUUUUUCUUUUAUUAAUUAGGAAUAAUGUUCAAAUAUCUUUAUUGAAAAACAAACUUUUGAAUUACUAUUUUAGGAAAAUGAAAAGCUAUAAUACUUACUCAGGUUUUGGUCCCUGAAAAAACUUACAUUCAGCCUAAUUUCACUCUAAAUUUCAUUGUUCUGCCAGUGAUUCUUACCAAAUAUAACACAGUAUUUUGAGGAAAAGGCAUGUGGCAAAAUGCAUGUAGGUCAUAUAUUAAAGGUGCACAGUGUAGGAUUUUCCAGCAGAAAACUCGUACUUAUCAAAGUUUCCUUUGGUAAACAGUAUUUUUUUUUUUUCUUUUUUUUUUUUUUUUUUAGCUAACCAACCUUUGAUCCUCCUUUUUCUGUCACUGGCCAACACUAUUACCACCUGGAAAAAGUUCUUAACCCAUGCUUAAGUGAUGAUGUUGCAAAUUCUGAUCUCCCUUUGAGUUCAAUUCUGGCAUUGACUUCUGGAUCCUUCUUGAAUUAAAGCUGUCAAGAUGGUUGUUGGGCAGCAGUGUUGAUCAGGAGGGGAGUAAUUUUUUUCCAACAUUAAUUCAUAUCAUUUACCAGUUAGAAUUGAGUCAAAAAGUAAUGUCAUUGUUGGAAUUAUACUAAUCGUGGGUUAAUUUAAAAUCCUAAACUUUGUCACUUAAACAUGGCUUAAUUGGGUGAAAUUACUAUAUAAUUUGUUAAAACAUCACUGUCACAGUGGAAGAAAUGAAGUCUAAAUUAUGUUUAAACAAUCUCUCUCUCUCUCUCUCUCUCUCUCUCUCUCUCUCUCUCUCCAAAAAUGUUACUCGAUGAAAGCUAUAUCAUCCUUUACAGUUCAUACUUUAAUACGUAUAAUUAUAUUAUUUGUAGCAUAUACAUGUGCCAAAGUGUUUUACUAUGGCUGGAAGGGUUAGAAUGUCUACUUAAGUUGCUUUAAUGAUUUGUUUUGUAAUUUAUAAGAUGGCCAAUUUUCAAAGUCUUGAAACAGUAAUUACUAGAAUCUUACAUCAGUAUUGUUUGAUGCAUGUUAUGAUAGUGUGAUCUCGGAAGUGUUUCCACAAUGUUUGUUACAGAAAGUCAAAUUAUCUGUUUUUACCGACAUGAAAAUGUCCAGAAUAGGUCAGUUAUCUUGUUUCAUGAUAGUGAAACUUACCUUAAAGAUCUUCAUAUUGUCUUACAUUAAACGCAUAUAUAUUUAUAUCCCUAUAAAGCAAUUGGUUGUUUGUGUCCCAUUUCUUUAAAGAUUGCAUUUUACUUCAGUCAAAAUGCAAAUGAUGCAGGUAAAUGUUCUUUUGGUAUUAUCUAAGUGAAGAAAAUAUGGUAAUUAUGGUUAAAAUUUAUUAGCUAUUUUUUAGUUUGGAAUGAAAAGGUUUUUUUUUUCCCCAAAUAAAAAUCAACAGCCAGGUCAAUUUGUAAUUAUACAGUUUAUUUCCAAGGAAGAAGGGUGAAGUGUUGUAAGAUAGAUGUAAGGUUGUGUUCAAUUUUUACCUGAAAGGUCACAUAAAUCCAGCUAUGUAUACAUUUUUCCAUAACAAAUUUAAUGUCAUAUAUGAUAUUAUCUUUUUUUAAUGCAUUUGAAAAGAUCUAGUCAAAUAAGGCGCAUAUAUCUACAUAAUUAUCAUUAAGUAUAUCAUCUUUUUUCAUAAAUUUCAUUAUGGCUAGAAACUGCUUUUGCUCAAUAUGGUGCCAGUUGAUAAUGUUCAUUAAUAUAAGUUUAAAUAGGGUGAAAGCAAUAAGAAAUGAAGAGCACAGACUAGCAAAAUAGCCUUGCUUAGCAUUUAUUUUCUUAGUAAAAUUUCGGAAUCCAAGCAAGUAUCCAAAUCAUGAAACCAGAUUGAUAAUUUUGUUGUACUGACAAUCCAAUGCUUAUUACAAUGUACAAAUGUUCAAGUUUAACACUUCUUUUUACUCCUAUAGAUUGUUAAUACAUUGUAUUAUUAUUUAUGGUUUAACAGCUGUAUAACUGAAGUUUAGAAAUUAAAUUGUAAUUGUUUCAGUUAAUUAUUAUGUACAUGCAUGUUACAUAAUUAACUGCUAAGUCUGUUUUCAAGAAUUUGUUGGUGGUGUUUGAAAUGAAAAAUAUGCAGAUGCUUUCAAGAAGUGGUGUAAUUUAAAAAUGCAUUUCAUGUGAA